GCCGAGCCGAGCCCAGCCGAGGCGCGGGGCCGGGUGCCGGGUGCCGUCCGGCGGCGGGGUGCCGCGGGCGCGGUAGAGCCGGUGCCGCCGCCCCGUCCGAACCCUGGAUCGCAGGAGCCCUUCACCAUGCCCGGCAGACUGUAGGUGCUUCAUGGAGCAAGCCAACUUCUACGAGGUCGAGUCCCGGCCCCCGAUGAGCAGCGCCCAGCACCACCAGCUCCAGACCCCCCUGCUCGGCAGCGCCUACGGCUACAGAGAGGCUCCCUCGGCGGCGGCACCUGCUGCGGGCGGCGCUGAGCUCGGCGACAUCUGCGAGAACGAGAACUCCAUCGACAUCAGCGCCUACAUCGACCCCGCCGCCUUCAACGACGAGUUCCUGGCCGACCUCUUCCAGCACAGCAAGCAGCAGGAGAAAGCCAAGGCCAUCCUGGCCGGGGAUUUCGACUUCCACAGCAUGCAUGGGGCCGGCGCCGCCGCCUCGGCGCCGGGGCACCCGCCGCAGCACCACCAGCAGCCGCUCUUCGGCUGCGUGGCCGGCUACAUGGACGGCAAGCUGGACCCUCUCUACGAGCGCAUCGCCGCCCCCGGGCUGCGGCCGCUGGUCAUCAAGCAGGAGCCCCGGGAGGAGGAGGAGGUCAAGUCGGCCGCCCUCUCGGCCCUCUACCCGCACCACGCCGCGCAGCAGCACCCGUCCCACCUGCAGUACCAGAUCGCCCACUGCGCCCAGACCACCAUGCACCUCCAGCCCGGCCACCCCACGCCGCCCCCCACGCCUGUGCCCAGCCCGCACCACCCGCACCACCCGCACCCCCCCGGCGGCCUGCCCGCCGCCGCCGGGCCGCUCAAGAUGAUGCCCGCCGACCACCGCGGCAAAUCCAAAAAGACAGUGGACAAGAACAGCAACGAGUACCGGGUGCGCCGGGAGCGCAACAACAUCGCGGUGCGCAAGAGCCGGGACAAGGCCAAGCAGCGCAACGUGGAGACGCAGCAGAAGGUGCUGGAGCUCACCACCGACAACGAGCGGCUGCGCAAGCGGGUGGAGCAGCUCACCCGGGAGCUGGAGACUCUGCGGGGCAUCUUCAGGCAGCUGCCCGAGAGCUCGCUGGUCAAGGCCAUGGGCAGCUGCGCCUAGCCCCGCGCCCCCGGCCGCCCCCCGCGCCCGCACGCACCUCUACCGGAGCCCCGCGCUCCCGGACGGCCCCGGGGGAGAGGGGGGCAGAGAGGGGGGAGGGUCUUCUCCCUUCUGUUUGCGUUUUGUUUCGUUUGUUUGUUUUUUAACAGUUGACGACCAACACGAGAAGCCAGGCAGCUGUAGUAUUAAAGGGUUUGUGCCUUAGGGAUGACACACGAAUAAGCUGAAAACAUGGUGGGUUUUAUAAGGAGAAGGGCGAAGGGAAGGACGAAAUUGGAAAGCCCACAUGUCUACACAGGGUAAAUAACAGUAACAAUAAUAAUAAUAAUAGUAAUAAAGCACGCAUAGCAAUCCGGAUGUGCCUUAAAAGCUGGCUGCAGGAGCUGCGGGGCGUUCUGCUCCCCCCAGCCUGGCAGAGCGCGAGGGAAAGGCGUGAGGGACGCGCAGGCUCGAGGUGCGGGGUGUCUGGGGGUGCCAGCCAGGCCCGCCCCGUCCAGCCUGCGGGGCAGCGGGCAGGGGCAGCGCCGGGGAGGCCGGCGAGGAGAAGGGGCUGAGGCUGAGGGAUGUGCAGCGCCGGGCGCCCAUGGGGAGCACCGAGGUGUGGGGCAGCUGCCGGACGUGGUGCCAGGACUCUGCCAGCCUGGCUGGGCGGCCUCUGCCCAGCCCUGCCCCUGCUGCUGGACCCACGGACGGCCCAGGACCCACGGAGCAGCAGCUCGUGUGGGAGCGUGGGGAGCUCCCUCCACCAAAAGGAAGAGCAGCAGUGUCUUGUACUGUAUGUCACGACGUGGCGAAGCACAAAUGAAUAAAUACCUAUCGAUGCGGGUAUUUACUAUGAA